AUGACACAAGAUGCAGUCGGCGAACUAACACCCCGCUGGGAAGACAUCCCCCUCUCUGCCCUCCGCGCCGAACUCGCCCGCCGCCAGUCCGAAGAGAACACCCGCCCAACAUGCGGCUCCAGCGACCGCUCACACCACUACAACCUCGCCGCACACGUCUUCGCCCUCUUCCUAAUCCUCUUCCUCUCCACCCUCGCCUGCUCCUUCCCCCUCAUAAUUCGAAGAUUCCCGCGCCUGCCGGUCCCUAACCAUGCGCUCUUCAUCAGCCGACACUUCGGCACGGGGGUCCUCAUCGCGACGGCGUUUGUGCAUCUCCUGCCGACGGCGUAUUUGAACCUCACGGAUGAUUGUCUGCCGCCGUUCUGGACGAAGGUCUACCCGGAGAUGCCGGGUUUCAUUGCGAUGAUUAGCGUCAUGGUGGUGGUGGGGAUUGAGAUGUUCUUUGCGACACGAGGCGCCGGGCAUAGUCAUCAUGUGGAUUUUGAGCGGUUGAGGGGUGGGGAGGUGGAGGAACGACCAGCUGUUGGGAGGAGGUCGGAGAGUUUCAAUAGGUUCAGGACGUUGCCUUUACGAGGGGAGGAGGAUAUACCGCUGGAGGAGCAGAGGAGUCUGUAUAUGGAUUCUCCCGGGGCGCCUGCUACACCACCGAAGGACUCGAGUUCGUUGAAUAAACCUCUGCCCCCGGAGCCGGAUGCGGAUGAUAAUGACUCGGAUUUGGAUUUGGACGAGUUGGAUCCUGUUGCGGACGAUACACAGCCUUUGACUGGACGAGCGAAUGACGAUGAGGACGAGGAUGAGGUAGACCUACCAUCUGCGAAUGGCCAUGCGAAUGGGCAUGUGCGUCCGAACAAGCAUAAGCGAACUGUGUCAUGGGCAGAUCAACAAGGUGAAGCACCAUCUUACGACAACCCUGGGAAGCCCUCACCAGAAGAGCAACGUCUCAUUCUUCAAUGUCUAAUGCUUGAAGCUGGGAUUCUAUUCCACAGCGUCUUCAUUGGACUGGCUGUAUCAGUCAGCACAGGGUCCGCCUUUGUGGUCCUCCUGAUCGCUAUCUCAUUCCACCAAACGUUCGAAGGUCUGGCUCUGGGUUCGCGGAUUGCCUCCAUCGGCACAUUCUCCACGGAAAGCUUGAGACCCUGGGUGAUGUGUUUGCUGUAUGGCAUCACCACGCCUGUCGGGCAAGCAAUUGGGUUGGGAGUCCAAGGGUUGUAUGAUCCCGAGAGCGAGUUUGGGCUCUUAAUGGUUGGCAUAAUGAAUGCCAUCAGCUCCGGGUUGUUGUUGUACGCGGGUUUGGUCCAGCUUUUGGCGGAAGACUUCCUCAGCGACAGCAGUUAUGUGGAGUUACGAGGCAAGCGGCGGUUACAGGCGUGCGGAGCCGUCGUUGCUGGAGCGUUGCUCAUGGCCUUGGUCGGAGUCUGGGCGUAG